AAUUUGAAUGGUGUAAGGGAAUAAUACGUGUAUAAAAGGGAAGCAAAAUACCGCAUGUAGAGAGUUCAUAUAGAUAUAAGUCCACACGGUAUCUACCUGAUUGUUUAAUAGUACAUAUACAUGUAUAUAUACCUAUUACUGUUUACAACACGGAUCUUAUACUAUAAUAACUACAGUCUUCAAAAAAUCUUUAAAUGAUGAGUGAUCCGCCCGAACAAGACUAUCAGGUAGAGAAUCAAGAGGACACGUCGACAGAAUCACCAUCAUGUUUAAAACAAAUGUGGGCUUUACACAAUUGUUUUGUAUUUUUGGCUCCUGUAAUACUCCUACCAUUACCUCUUCUAGUAGACAGACCGGAGGCAAAAUGUGCUUAUGUCAUAGCUAUCAUGGCAGUUUAUUGGACGACGGAGGUUAUACCAAUAGCCGUGACGUCACUGAUUCCAAUAUUUCUAUUUCCAAUGAUGGGGUUACUGACAGCGAAGACCGUCUCUGGUGUUUAUAUGAAUGAUACAUCCAUGUUGUUUUUCGGAGGUUUACUCUUAGCAGUUGCCAUUGAAGUCUGGGAUAUCCAUAAAAGAAUUGCCCUGAAAGUGUUGAUGUUAGUCGGAUCUGAACCUAAAUGGUUAUUAUUGGGUUUAAUGGGUGUCACGUGGUUUUUAUCAAUGUGGAUCAGUAAUACAGCUACAACUGCUAUGAUGAUACCCAUAGUCCAAGCCAUAUUACAGCAAAUAAAACUAACAGACAUUACAAAUGAUGACGGAAAUUUAGCUGAUCCUGAAAUGCUUGAACUUGAACCGAAUGACAAAUCUAAAUCCUACGAAGUCACGGUAAUAUCAGAGGUAAAUGGGGGACCAAAUGGAGAAUUACCACCAAAGUACAAUGAUGUUUUAGAAACGGAUAAAAGGGAAACAGAUGCCCGCCAUGCUAGAAUGGCUAAAUGUAUGUGUUUAGCUAUAGCUUAUGCAGCUAAUAUUGGUGGCAUAGGAAGCUUAACUGGCACCGGACCAAAUUUAAUCUUGAAGGGCCAGGCUGAUAUUGUAUUUGGAGAAUAUAAUUUAACAUCACCUAUAACAUUUAGUACGUGGAUGAUCUAUGGUUUACCAUUAUCGUUUAUACUUGUUAUUAUUUUAUGGGUGUGGCUGCAAAUCUUCUUCUUACGUUGCAAAGGCUUUACAACUUGUAGAAGGAAAGUUGAAGGAAAAGAUCGUGUUGCUGAAGUCAUUGCUUCCGAAUAUAAAAAAUUAGGCCCCGUUAAUUUCCCACAGAUAUCGGUAAUGGUAUUUUUUGGAAUAUUAGUUGUUUUAUGGAUAACAAGAGAUCUAGGUGGUAUUGGAGGAUGGGGAACAUUAUUUAAAUCUAAAUUUGUGUCUGAUUCCACGCCCGCCAUUUUCAUGGGACUUUUGCUAUUUAUUUUUCCUUCUGCUGUUCCAAAUAUUUUCUGCUUUAGAAAACGUGGAGACAAAAGUAAACCUCUUAUUAAACCAUUACUAACUUGGCAGUCAGUUCACGAGAAAAUGCCUUGGACAUUAUAUCUUCUGUUAGGAGGUGGAUAUGCCUUAGCUAAAGCAUCAUCGGAAACUGGACUGUCGGAACUGGUCGGAACAUCUUUAAAAGUUUUUCAAGAUUUGAACCCAUGGUUAAUGUUAAUGAUAUUAUGUUAUAUAAUCACAUUUCUAACGGAAGUUACAAGUAAUACAGCUAUAGCAACUUUAAUGAUGCCUAUAUUAUCCAGAUUAGCUCUGAGUAUGCAGGUUAACCCUUUGUAUUUUAUGUUUCCGGCAGCCAUUACUACGUCUUUUGCUUUUAUGUUACCCGUAGCAACGCCUCCCAAUGCUAUCGUGUUUUCGUACGGUCAAGUAAGAGUUAUAGACAUGGUACUUGCAGGCUUUUUUAUGAAUAUUGUUUCUGUUCCCAUCUUGUUAUUAGCAACAGCCACAUGGGGAAACGCCUUCUUUCAUUUUGAUCAAGUUCAACCAGAAUUUCUAAACCUCACCACAUCAAUAACUACUGUAACACCCAUUUGUGGAUCGUAAUGGCGGUGGAGGUAACAAAUGAGACGUGUCAGUUCACAAUAAAGAUAAAUGUUUUGUAAUGUUAUUAAAAGACUAAGUUGUGGGUUGUUUAUUGCCAUGCCUCUCUUCAAUCUGGAACUUUGAAUGGACAUAAUGAAGCCUUUUACCUGGUAGUUUCAGCUUUCUGAAAUCAAAAAAACUCUCUCUGCAAUUAGCUAUAAGAACACCCGAUACCACGUCUAAUGUGGCACUGUGAGUGUGUGCUGGCCAGUUAAAGGAAUGUCAGUUUCCACGGUCUCCACCAACUACUAACUUCAACUAUGUAACUUCCACAGAGGCAAAAUCGCAAAUAGGCUUCAACCGGCCAUCAGGCAAGCACAUUAAAUCAAUGGCCAUCUCCAUAUAAGGGAGAACACGUCAUGUUUGAUAGGCAAUAAGGGACGAAGCGUGUUUGAUAAUCACGUUGUAUAUUUACAUAAAACUAAUGACUGAAACUAUGAGAUACAUAUUAAAGGGGACGUCAAGUAGUAUGUUCAGUUUCUUUUAUAUCAUACAAUUACAGCGAAAAAGUUUCAGAGAAAUGUGGAUUAGGAUGAUACACGUUUGAUUGUGAAGUACAUUUAGUUUCAUACGAUACACUUUUUAUGAUUAAAACCAUUAUGACAGACUUUCACAAUCUGAUUAAAAUACUGAUCUAUAUUUCGUUUUUGUUUUUUUUAUACUUUCGAUGGCCUACACUACAUGAAGAUCUGAAAAGUUGUACUAUAAGGUCGUCUCAGAGGUCGUACGAGCGGCUUUUGACCCUAUGACGUCAGAUAUUGAUUAAUCAAUCAGCGUUGGCGUUUCUAGUGGUUUACCCACAGUUCCGUGCAUGACACGCCAAGAAGUCGCCGUAAUAGACUGUUUCAUUGGCUUAUCCCUUCCUUCAACCAAAACGCCGAUAAUAUAACAACUCUUCCAGAUCCUAGUGUAGACAAGUAAAACGAAAUUCUGAACUAUAAAAAACGAAACGAAAUAGGAUCUGUGUUUUAAUCAGAUUGAGAUUUUCAGACACGUUAUGUGCGCUCUAACUUUCUGAGAUGUAUGCAAUUACGUAACUCUUAUUAGUAAUAAAUUAAAGAUUACCAUUUCAGGGGUUUAACCACACGAAUGAAAAUUCUGAAUAGAUCUAUAGAUUAUAUUUUGUACUGUAUUAUUUUUUACAAAUGUAACCAUAGUGUUUAAAUUCCAAGCACCCUGUAAAUACCUUAUAAUAACGGUAUAAUAUACACAGACAUACAAUGAUUUAUCACGUAAAUGUUUGGGCGACGAUUUGAUAACUGAGAAAGCUAGAAUUAUAUAAUGUGUGUUAAACAUGCAUUAUGCAAAAGGUAAAUCUGCCUAUUGCAUUUCUUUCUUUUGGCCUAAAAUGUUAUAUAAACUAUUAAGUAUACAAUUAUUAAAAUGAAUAGACCAUAAUCAACUCUCGAUGCCAUCUUAUCUGUCCGACUUUCAAUGGAUUUCAAUCCUAUCUGCUGUUCAACGUCCGUUGAUGAUUAAACGCAAAAAUGGAUAAUCGAGACUUUGUUACUUAUCGUGACAGCGCUAACAAUGACAAUCGAGGCUCCAAAGAUUUUAAAAUAAGGUGUUCUCGGCUUAGAGUGAAGCACUUUGACUGAAAUUUUUAGCAUAUUCCCAUUACAUCAUCUAGUUUUUAACUAUUAUAAUGAGAACUGUCAGCUCUUUAUCUAUCUAAUCUCCCAUAAUGUAUCUUUAAGCAAAAAGCCUGUUGAGCGUUUUGAAUAAAUGCUUGUAUAAAUUCAUAUGAAAUCGAGGAAAUAUUGAUUGUUUCUAAUUAAUUGUCGCUCAUUCUAUAUUAUAGUAUUGUUUCAUUGUUCCAUAUUGUAUAUAUCUAUCUUCACUGUACUGUGGUUGUCAUUCUUUGAUUGAUAAAGAUGACAGGACACUGGCCAAAGCGUCUCAAGAAAUAAACUUUUAAACAACUUG